CGGAAAAGCGGAGACGAGAGGGGACGGCUUUCACAACGGAGGAGCAUAGAGGGAGCCCGAGGGUCCUUGGUCGCGCGGGAAGCUUUAUUUAAGGAGGAAGGUUUCGCCGCGGCCUUCCCCACGAUGCCGGUGACACGGCCCCGAUAAGAUGGCGGCCGCUCGCCUAAAGAAGGGGAGCGGGAGAGCGGCCGGGCCAAUGAUUAGAUCAUGAAAGAAGCAAUAUCGCUUUCUAGCUGCGUAAAGAGGCAGAAGGCUCUGAGGCUGAAGUGACACAGUGCCAGCACAUCUGGCCACAAGAUGGGGGAAUGGCAGAGGAUCUUCCUGCAGAACCUAACAGUGCCUCCACGUAACCCGAGGAGACGGAAUUUGCCACCCCAGCGUUCAGUGCCUUUUCAGUGCGUCUUGAAGAGCGUGCAGGGGAAUGCCCUGAAACAAAAAGCUCUGGAGAACAUGUUGGAUGUGGAAUUCCAGCUGAGGCUUUCCCUCUUUGACCUUGCCUAUCACCACUUCUUUGGCAAGACUUGGAGAAGCACCACAAGGCCUCUGAAAUCCGCCCCGGGGCAGCUCCCCUCCGUGGUCUUCAAUGAGGCGGUUUAUUUUCACACGUCUUUGGAUCAUCCCAGCAUCCUACUGGUCCUGGAGGUCGUGGCCACGGCUGAGAAGAGGCAGGACGCAGGCCCCCAGGAGCUGUCAUGCGGCUUCGGGGUCCUCCGUUUGUUUAACAGCAAAUCCGAGCCAGCGAAUUUGAACUUGACAGGCAAAGGGCUCAGUUUGUACCCUGGGACCCCACGCGCUCUCUUGCACCCACUGCUGUUGGAGCCCAUAGAGAAGAACAAGUACUUAACAGCGAUGGAAAACAGUCAGCUCCAGUGCACUUUUCAGCCCCACCCACCCUUGGAGGUCAUCUACCAUCUCCUUCCUGAGAAUACCCCCGUAUCCAGCUCGCAGAGUAUCCCUGGGGUCUUAGCAGCACCUGAAGGAGACUUCUUGCAGAAGCCCCGACUCAUGAAGACGCUGACGUGGUACUUGGAGAAGCUGACUGUCCACCUGUACCCUUCCUUGGAGAAAUUUGAGGAGGAGCUCUUGAACUUACUCGUGAAGGAGCAGGGUAAUUCGAUCCUGGAUGGGACCUCCCUCGCUAUACAGGAGCGCCGGCUGCAUGUCGGGGUCCACAAUGGCUUGUGCUUCGUGCAGCCCCCGCAAGUGGUCGUGGUGGUCCCAGUGGCGCUGCCAGAGGCCGAUAGAGCACGGGGAAGUACCGGCAGCGUGCGCCAGAAACAAGGAAGCCCUCUCAAGGGCAGUGCUGAGGGGCAAGCUCUUAUCCUGCGAAGCCACAUUCACCUGGCAGAGAUGGUGCAUCACCCAGCUUUUGGAGUGGUCUUCCUGUUGGAAUAUGUCUUCUCUGUUGCAAGUGGACCUGAUGGGAAGGUGAAGCAGGUGGAAUCCGGCACCAUUGCAUUUCACUUCUCCACCAGCUCUGACGAGCGACCCAGAACCGCUGCAAAAGCCCCAAGCAUUAAGAGAGAAGAGCUGCUCUCCCCCAAGGCCAAGAGUCCACCUGUCACAUCCCCCGGUUCACCGCCUUCCCACCAGAUGCUUGUUUCCAGCCAGGAUUAUUCUCAGGGUCCUGGGCUGUCGCUGUCUCAGCUUUCAGUGUCUCCAACAAACAGGAGCCACCACGCUUUGCCGCAGCCGGUCAGCAGCACUCAACCAUCCCAGUCCUUGGAAAACCUUCCGCCGGCUCGAGAGCCGGAGAAACCCCAAGGGGCCAUCACUCACUUGGAGUCUGACCUCAGCUGUGACUCCCGGCUUGGGGAUUGCUCCACAAUGGACCAGCUCCAGCCAAUGCCCUUUACGCCGGUCCACGUGCCCAUCCUUGCCCUGGGAGGAGCACAUUUGCGAAGCCCGAGCACUGCCCCCACCCGGGCUUCUCUUGCCCGCCUGCGCACAGCUGGAUUCCCUGAGCUUCUGGAUUGCAACAAGGAGCCGGUUGAAAUGGUGGAUCCCGCUGACCCCGCACGCUACAGCCCCCAGCGGGAAGAAGGCGAUCUCUUGCAAAACAACGAAAUCAACUUGCAGUUCCUUGCCUUUAGCAGGCCUGCCCGGGACAGCCCUGCGACGUGGCCCCAGAGCAUCUAUUUCACCCUCCAGUUUUACCGGUUCCCCCCAGUCACCACGCCACGUCUGCAGCUGGUCCAGACAGAGGCCUCCGGGGCAGCCAGCCACAUCUUGGUGCCAAUCAACCGAGACGGGACCCUGAACCUCGGCUCCCCUGGUUUCCAUCUGAAAUACAUGGUGGACCUGGGUUUCCUUAAGCCAGGCGAGCAGCGCUGGUUUCUCCAAUACCUCUCCCAGCACACCCUGCAAAUAGACGUCUGGGACGGAGACUCCUUGCUUCUGGUGGGAUCUGCUGCUGUGAAGCUGAAGCACUUGCUUCGCCAAGGCCGGACAGCGGUUCAGGUCUAUCAUGAGCUGGAGGUCAUCACCACAGAGUACAAACCAGAUGCAACUGUGAUGAGUGGAGAGGUUUUCCGGCCGUGGGGGGUGAAGCCCAUCGGGGUCCAUGUGGUCGUGAGGGGCCAGCUUCACCUCCGCCUGGCAAACAUUGUGGGGUUCUCAGGGAGCAGCCCUUCAACCCACCCCCAACCCAACCAGUCUUACCAAGAUGUCCGAAAGGUUUUGCAUGGCUCUGGCGUGGAGUUGCACCCUUUCGCCAGCUCAGAAGAACGAGAUUCGUCUCG